AGUCGAACGUAGUAUAUAUCCCCGUGACAAGACAUGUCAAAUGCCAUAACAAGAUUUUCCAUUAGAAUAUGUAUAUAACUUUUAAGGAAAAUUAGUAAAUAAACAAUUAUUUAUUUUAAAUUACGCUUUUUUAGAAAGAUGAAUAUAUGUUAGUUUGUUAAUAAAAAAAUGGAACGAUUACCGGUGGAAGUUAUUGAAAACAUUUUAACGUUUAGUAAAAUAUCAGUCCAGGAUGUUGUUAAUUUUUCGUUAACUUGUCGUUAUUUUUAUAACGUCGUGACGAAAAAUAACAAAAUUUGGAAAACGAAAUUGUUCCAAAAAUGGCCGCAAUUGAAGAAUCUAUUGGAAAACAAACAUAUAAUUUUCCAACACGAAGUUCGAUAUAUUUAUGAACUUAGAAAAAGAACUCGUGAUUUACUAGAGAAAAUGCCAGCUAAGUUUUAUAAAAGAUACGAGAUAUCAGAUUCGGAUUUAUAUGAAUGGAAUAAUAUAAUGCAUGAAAGGGAGGAAGUUUAUAAUUAUCUCGUAUUAGAUUUAAUGGAUAUAGUGAAUACUGAAGCUCCAAUUAAGAGUAUCGAAGUAGUUCCUUUAACUACUCCAGGGAAUAAAACUUUUCAAUAUUAUGCAAAUAAAGUACUGAGGUAUGUGAGGCAACUUUAUUUGUCUAAAAUAUGGAAGGAUUACAUAUCGUUACCCCAAUCAAGGCAGAUUCUUGAAGUUGGGGCUGUUUUUGUGGCUCAAUGGUGUCAGCCGAAUAUAGAGAUAACUGUGGAAGAUAUUAGUAGGAAAUUGGAUCUUAUUGCUGAUGAAGUUAAGUCUGCUUUGUAUACUUUUUAUCCCAACCAUCCACUUUUUAAGGCUUCUGAAGAACAACUGAAUCUAUGGCGUAUAGAAAAUAGAGAACAGAACGAAUGGAAAGUAAACGAAUGUCGCCAACUGAUAACGGUAAUGCGAGAAGUACUGUUCCAACAAUUAAGAUUCAGCGGUAACAAUCACUCUUAUUACAUGCCUCAAAAUUCUUUUAUCAAUGAAGUUUUGGAUAAAAGGCAAGGUCUACCUAUUACAUUGGCGAUUGUUUUCGAAGGAGUCGCGAGGAGGUUAGGUUUAAGAUGCGAACCCAUAAGUUUUCCUGCACAUUUUCUACUUAGGUUUUGCGAAAGUUUGGAUCCCGAUUCCGAUUGGUAUUACAUCGACGUUUUCAACGGCGGACAGAUCGUAAGAAAAGGAGCCUGUCCCCAUAGUAGAUUUUCCGGUAGCAGAGAUUUGUUUCCAGUAGCGACGGCCGUACAAGUCAUAGAACGUAUGGCGAACAAUUUGGAAGUUUCCGCCAGACAGCACGCUCAUCCGAACGGAAAAAUAACCAGAUUGAGAUCGAGUUUGGAAUUAUUGAAACUAGUUAAUCCGAGAGAUAUAUCGGCGUUGGUCAGUCUGGCGAGAUUAUACAUGUUGCACAAUAUGGAUACGAAACCUUUGGAGAAUUUUUUGUUGUCUCAGGAGUUCGAGGUGCCGGAACAGGCGCAGAGGGUGGUGCAUAUGUUGCGAGAUUACGAGGCUCAUCACGCUCGCAACGAUCUCGGUUUGUUCGGUCAAGUGGAAGCGGCUCAGCGCAGUCCCAAUUUACAUUACGCCGUCGGUAUGGUGAUGAAACACAUGACUUUGAAUUACAAAUGCGUCAUCUACGAUUGGGAUCCGGUGUGUUUGGCGGCCGCCGAAUGGCAGGCGCAGAAUAACGUCGACAAAUUGCAACUCAAAGACGAACAGCCGUUUUACAACGUUCUCGUCGAGGACGGCUCCCAUAGAUACGUCGCGCAAGAAAAUCUCGCGCCGACGUCCGAUAGGGAAGAAAUUUAUUUGAACGAAGACGUCGGUAGACAUUUCUCUCAUUAUUUCGAAACGCAUUACGUUCCGAACGCCGAAAAAGAAAAGGAAUACCCCGCCGAUAAGAAGAUACGACACUGGUUCCAUCAUCAAAAAAAAUUGGAAAGUUUCGAUUUGUAAACGCGCAAGAUCGCCGGCGUCUAGGUCCAAAAGUUCCAAGUUUUCCGAUAUCGCGCGCUUUCCGCAAAAAAAUCGACGUCGCGACGUUUUCACAGUAGUUCGUUCGACUCUCGUAAACGUUAACGUUUCGAAGUAGUUCGUUUGAACCCCCGAAAGAUUCGUCGUUUAACAGUAGUUCGUUUGUAGGACGUUUUGUCGUGGUUAUGACAUUUGACGUUUCGAAGUAGUUCGUUUGAUCCAAUAAGAUAUUUAAUUGCGAAGUAGUUCAUUUAAACCCCGAAAGUAGUUCGUUUGAAUCUCAUAUUUGUGCGCCGUUCAAAAGUAGUUCGUUUGACUCAACAAAAUGAUGACGUUUUACGACGUUUCGAAUCGACUGUUUAACUUUUCAACGUUUUAACGUUUCAAAGUAGGUCGUUUGACACUAAUAAACGUUAACGUUUCGUAGUAGUUCGUUUGAACCCCGAAAAAAGGUUCGCAAUUCGAAUGUCGUUCAUCGUGUUAUCGUUUCAAAAUAUUUCCUUUUAUCACUGAAAUAUUCGCAGUUUGAAAUUAGUUCGUUUGACUCUUAUUAAACGAUGACGUUUCAAGAAAGUUCGUUUAAACCCCCGAAAGAUUCGUCGUUUAAUAGUAGUUCGUUUGUAGGACGUUUUGUCGUGGUUUUGACAUUUGACGUUUCGAAGUAGUUCGUUUGAUCCAAUUGGAUAUUUCGUUUAGAAGUAGUUCUUUCGAACGUAUCACUUUUGACGGUUCAAAGUAGUUCAUUUGAUUCAUACAAAAUUCUCCAUUUCGAAACGAUUAAUUCGAGAUUUGACGUUUCUAAUAAACGUUUGAAGUUUUACCACAGACUAUGUGACGUUUGUAAGUAGUUCAUUCUGGCUUUCGCAAUCGUCGACGCUUCAAAGUAGUUCAUAUGAAUCUUGAAAGAUUCGUUGUUUGAUAGUAGUUCGUUUGAUUCUCUUAAACGUCAAGGUUUCGAAAGUAGUUCAAGUGAAAUAUUCGUAGUUCAUUUGUUUCUAGAAAAAUUGCCCUUUCAAAGUAAGUCGUUUGACUCUCAUACACAAUGACGUUUUGUCGCGUAUCUUUUGAUACCAAAAUAUCCGUCGUUUGAAGGUAGUUCGUUCGACUCGUUGACAUUUCGCCGUAGUUCAUUUGUUCCUGAAAUAUUCGCCUUUCAAAAAUAGUUCGUUUGAUCACCAUACUCAAUGACGUUUCAAAAUAGUUCAUUUGACCUCUAAAAUAUUCGUCGUUUGAAAGUAGUUCGUUUGACUCGUUGACAUUUCGCCGUAGUUCAUUUGUUCCUGAAAUAUUCGCCUUUCAAAAAUAGUUCGUUUGAUCAUCAUAC